GCUGCUUCCGCCCCGCCGCGGGCUCGGCACGGCCCGGAGCGGGGGGAACACACAGCGGGGACGGGACACACACCGGGGACGCUCGACACCGGGAACGGGACACACACACAUGGGGACAGAGCCGGGGGUCAGCGCCCGUCGGAGGUGGCGCAAGCGAGGCUCGAACUGUCAACCUAUUGUCUGGGGGAGCGGCGCCCUCCUCGCUGCGCCACCGGAGCGCGUAUGUGUCAGUGAGGCGGGGCCGCGCAGGCGCGCUGCGGGCGGAGCGGGCCAUGGCGGGCGGCGCGCUGCGGGCGGCGGUGGCCGCGCUGGUGCUGGCGGCCUGGGGCGCGCACGGGCUCUACUUCCACAUCGGCGAGACCGAGAAGCGCUGCUUCAUCGAGGAGAUCCCGGACGAGACCAUGGUCAUCGGGAACUACCGGACGCAGCUGUGGGACAAGCAGUCGGAGUCGUUCCUGCCGUCCACGCCGGGGCUCGGCAUGCACGUGGAGGUGAAGGACCCCGACGGCAAAGUGGUGCUGUCGCGGCAGUACGGCUCCGAGGGCCGCUUCACCUUCACGUCGCACACGCCGGGCGAGCACCAGAUCUGCCUCCACUCCAACUCCACCCGCAUGGCGCUGUUCGCCGGCGGCAAGCUGCGGGUGCACCUCGACAUCCAGGUGGGGGAACACACCAACAACUACCCCGAGAUCGCCGCCAAGGACAAGCUGACGGAGCUGCAGCUCCGCGCCCGGCAGCUCCUCGACCAGGUGGAGCAGAUCCAGAAGGAGCAGAACUACCAGCGGUACCGGGAGGAGCGUUUCCGCAUGACGAGCGAGAGCACGAACCAGCGGGUGCUGUGGUGGUCCAUCGCCCAGACCAUCAUCCUCAUCCUCACCGGCAUCUGGCAGAUGAGGCACCUCAAGAGCUUCUUCGAGGCCAAGAAGCUGGUGUAGAGCCCCCCAGCACCCCCAGGGGGGGCUCCCACAGCGGUUUGGGGGGGAGUGGGGGGAUCCGCGCUGCCGUUUUGAGCGGAAAUAAAACGUUUUUGGGGUCUA